AUUUUAUUUUUUUUUAGACCACAACAAAUGUGGAUGAUAUUCACGAUACUAUCCUAAAUUCCUAAUCUCUUCUCAUAGUUUCAUGCAUACAAACGCACAAACACCACUUCAAAAAAAUCCCAAAAUUUUCCUUCGUUCUUCCCAAUUCGUAACACUCACCUCCAAUACUCCCAUGGAACUCUCUCUUUACCCCUAUAAACCAUCUCUCCUUACCCCUUCUUUGUCCUCCAUUACCACUUCAAAAAAGGGAUCGCCCCAUAAAAUUAGGAUUGCAUUCUCAUGUAAUUGCUCAUCAUCUUCGUCAGAAGCUUCUGUCGCUACAGAUGCACCAUUUUUUCAAAUUGAGGGGAGGAGAGCGUUCAUGAAUUGUUUUCUUGCCACAGCUGCUGGUUUUUGUGUCACUGGUGUUGCUGAUGCUGUUAGUACAAGUAGAAGAGCUCUUAAGGGAGCAAAAGUGCCUGAGAGUGAAUACACAACCCUUCCCAAUGGGCUAAAGUACUAUGAUUUGAAGGUUGGAAAUGGAGUUGAAGCUGUAAAGGGAUCUCGGGUUGCAGUACACUAUGUUGCUAAAUGGAGAAACAUCACUUUUAUGACAAGUAGACAAGGGAUGGGUGUUGGUGGUGGAACGCCUUACGGGUUUGAUGUUGGUGAAUCUGAAAGAGGAAAUGUCCUUAAAGGGUUAGAUUUAGGUGUCCAAGGCAUGCGAGUAGGAGGACAGCGACUACUGAUUGUACCCCCAGAACUUGCUUAUGGAAGCAAAGGUGUGCAAGAAAUUCCUCCAAAUGCAACCAUUGAGAUAGAUAUUGAAUUAUUGUCCAUCAAACAAAGUCCAUUUGGGACUCCUGUCAAAAUAGUUGAAGGAUCUUGA